UUGGAUGCCAUGAGUGCAGUUGUUUGAUACUUUGACAUCUUUGUAGAAUAUCAGUCGGUAACUUUAAGGAGCACAAGCUAAAAAAAUCUUAAACAAUCUAUGUGAAAAUGGGAUUUCAUCUGGCAUUCUUGGGCACCCAGUGUUGGGGACGUGCGGCGUCGAUUGCUAUGGCAACAGUAAACACCCAACUAGAGAGAAAUCCGUGAUUGGCUUUUGUUAACAGUAACCGUACUUUAACUGUCCAAGCUCUUAGUGGUAUUAUAGGACAAAGGGACGGGGUCUUGAGGACGUGUGCGAAGAUUAAACCCGCACAAAAUGAAUCUAUCUGAGGAGCGGUGGGAGAGCAGGCCUCCCAGCAGAGGUGAAUUGGAGCUGGAGGAUCAAGAGGAGGAGGAGGGUGAGGAGGAGGAGCAGGCGGAGGACACCCCUCUGCUGGCCCUUGCACCUGACGUUGCACUCCCAGAGGAGCAGCCCUAUGCCAGCACUGAUGUCUCUACUACUCCUAUUUUCCAGUGCCUAGAUGAGAACUCCAAAUUACAUUACAUGACUAAGGUUGAAGUCAAGGACAUCAGUAAGGACCAGAUGAUCCACUUACCAUUUCAACAUUUGUUGUCAGUGGGCAAAAUUAACCAGACCAAAGUAGCCAAACUGAAAUCCAGCUACAGGCUACUCCAUGAUGCUCUGAAGAGUACGCAGGAUUCUGAGAUCCAGCUUUUGGAAGAGGCAAAAAGAUGUCGCGCUGAGCUGCAGAAGCUACAGGCCGAGGUGGAGGGAAUGGAGGAGCGGAGCACCUCAGAGGAGCCUGAAAGUGAGGUCAAUGAACUGAGGCAGCAGCUCCUCCAGGCAUACAAUGAACUGAAAGCUGCUGAGGACAGAGAGUACAAGACACAACACAAACUGAAAUGUUUGUGGGAAGAGAAACAGUAUCUGGAGAAAGUGAAUGAGAUUCAGCCAAAACCUGCUGAGCAGGAGAGCAGAACAAAGGCCCUUCAGGAUAAAAAUGAGAAUGUGAGGAAAGAGGUGGCCCAGAGACAAAUGGAAAUCAGAAGCCUAAUGGAAGAUGUGGAAACCCAUCAAAAGCAGAUAUUGAAAGAACAGAAAGACCUGAAAGACAAGAAGGAAAUCAUAGAGCUCAAAGAGGAUGAGAAAGCCCGGCUCAUCAGCAUACCUGACCAGAUUUUAAAAGAGAUUCAAAGGAAACAUUCUAAGAAGGAAGCUGCUAUGAAGAAGAUACAAGCACUAAAUGCAGAGAUUUCGGAAACGGAGCAGCAAGUGAAGGAGGUAGAGCAGCGUAACCACUCCCUCAGGUCGAAAAAGAAAGAGCUGAAUCAGGAGCUGGAGGGUCUCCGGGCCCAAGUCGAGGCCAGUCAGAGGGAGUGCAGACAGCUGCUAAAAGAGCAACAGGUCAAAAGGGAGGAGGAGGCUGAACUCACAGGGAACAGAGGUAUCAUGGAAAUGAAGUUGCAGAACGUCAUGCUUGACAGAAAGCACCUGUUUAAAAGUCAAUCUGUGCAACUCAGGGAGAAAAACAGGCAGAUGCAAGCCCUCAAGAGGAUGGAGCAUGCAUUGGCCACAGCCACAGAGCAGCUAGAACACACACAGUCCAUCUACAAUGACUUACAAGUACAGUUAGCGACUCUCCCCAGAAGAGAGACCAGUAGUCAGCACAGGAUGGAGCUUCAGAAAGAGGUGGAUAAUCUCAAAGUCAACUUUGAAAAACAGCUCUCAAUAGCUGAGGAGGAGAGCCAGAAGAAGCGGCAGUAUGGGAUGAUUCAGGGGCUGCUGAGGGAAUCAAACAGCCUGAGAGAAGAGCUCCAUAACCUCAGAUGUCUAACACAGAUCAAAGCCGAAGAGAGGGGCCAGAAGCACCGUGAACUGCUUCGGGCCGAGCAGCUGAACCAGCACAUCCAGCAGGAGCUGCUAGAAAAAGACCUGAUCAUCAUGGACCACAACAAGCUGAAUGCUAUGCUACAGCGCAGAUUAUCACAGUAUAGUAAACUGUGCCACAUGAUUAUGGAAGAGAAGAACAAGUAUGUCAAGCUGAAGCAGAUCGCCUCACAGACGGUCACAGAGCUGACGGAGCAGGUGAAGGUGCAGGAAAAUGAGAUGGAGAUCCAACGUUCCAUUGUCAUCAACAAGGACAGAUCACUCACAAAAGCUCGUGUGAAGAUCUGUAACAGCUCCAAAAUGAGGGACAAACUGCACAAUGACAUCUCCAAGGUUGCCUGGAAACACCGUCAAAUGAGUCAGGAGUGUGAGGACAACAAACUGGAAUUAAUAAAGCUCACACAAAUGAUGAACCUCCAGGAGGAGGCCCUUCUGGAAAUAAACAAGAAUCAUGAAACAGCCAUACAGCGCCGCAAUUCUCUUGGCAUUCAGCUCCUGGAGCAAGAGGAGUUGUUGUUCAACUACUAUGAAAAGGUGAACAUCCAGGGGGCAGCCGUUAUUAAAGGCAACGUGGCGCUGGAGACCCUGGAGAAGGAGACGAGAGACUUGCAGUUAGCUAUCAAUGAGGAGAAGAGACAGAUAGGCCUGAAGAAGAAAGAGGUGCUCCUGAAGAAACGGUUGGAGGGAGAAAUCACCACACUGCAGAUAGAGCUGGCAGAAGCCAGCGACAAGACACUUGAAGGCCUGAAUCGAAUAGUUGGUUAUAAAGAGCUAAAAGGGAAAGAUCCCUCAUCUGAAGAACUGGUCAAGAAGAUUGAGCAGCUGGAGGUGAAUCUAGCAGAGAGAGAGAGACAGGUGCUGGAGAGAGAACUCCUGGUGGACCAGGUGACCCGGCUGUCGAAGCCACUCAGCGAGCAGGCUGAGAACUGCCAACAGGACGGACUCUCACUGGCAAAGAAGUUAAACGAGCUCCGGUCUCACAUAAUCGACACCAACCAGCGAAUGAUGGCCGUCUCUGCAGAACUUUCCAUGAAGCAAGCUGCUGCUUUGUCUCUCCAACAGGAGAUCAAAGAGAAAGAGCACCAGAUGGACAGGUGCCAGCAGCAGCUGGAGCAAGGCCUGCCACCAUGCCCUGAGAUAGAGGAGGAGUGGAGGAAGAUGCUCCGAGACAAGAAGAGGAGACAGAGGGACGAAGAGCAGAGAGAGAGGCUGGCUGAAGAAGAGGACUGGAAGCAGCUGCCUAAUGGAGUGUACACCACAGCUGAACCUCGUCCCAAUGCAUACAUCCCACACGCUGACCUGCUCCCUCUGCCCAAACCCUACGGAGCCAAGGCCCCCUUCAAACCCUCCCAACCAGGAGCCAACAUGAGACACAUCCGCAAACCAACACUCAAACCCUUAGAGAUAUAGAAAAUGACCAAACACAGAAACUUGUGGUUGUUUGUGUCCAGUGUGUACGAUUUAGUGGCAUCAAAUAAUGAGGUUGCGGAUUGCAACCUCCUCUGCAGUGGCAGCUGCAAACAUGAAAGGCCCACUCUAGAGGCAGUGUUUGGUUUGUCUGUUCUGGACUACUGUAGACACAUGGUGGUGCAACAUGACGGACUCUGUGAAUGGGUGUAUUUCUAAGCCAAAUCAUGAUGUUUACCUAAAUGUAACCCAGAAGUUUUGCCGUGUAAACCUAACCAAACCGCAACUGAAAGUGAAAAUGAUUUUGAAGAAAAAAACAAAAAAAUCAAAUCUAACUUCCCCCAUGAGCCAUGAAAGAGGAAACGCAUGUACUGUCGAGAUAAAAGGCUCAUUCUAAAGUAAUGAAAACACAAAGAUUUGUUUGAGGUGAUUAUACACUAAUGAAAACAUAAUUCUGAAUUGUAUAUUCAAUUUCUGACACAAAAUCCUACGCACUGGAACUUUUAAUCACUUGAGGAAACAAACAACAAUUUAAAAUCAAAUGAGUAUUUUAACCUGUUCAAAAAUAGUUUCCAAUGCAUGUUAGCGAUUUGGGUCACACACUUGCUGAUCUGUCUGCUCUCCACACACAUCUCUCCUCCUCCUCGUCCUCCUCCUCCUCCUCCUCUCUCCUUCUUGUGUAUUUUUGUGUCCUCACACCGGUUGUUUUUGUCAUGUGAGAGCUUACAUGUGUGCUACAUCUGGUUGUAAUUUUGUUUCCUUUUUUAAAAUUUACUGGCAGGAGCUUGUUUACUUGCUUGCACUUACACUAAAUUGUGUAGGACAGUCAAAGGGAAAACUGAGGACACGGGGGGAUUUAAAAUGUGUGUAUGUGUCUGGAUUGUUACAUCAUGUCCACCAAUAAAAAGUUUUGUAUUUGUUUCAGCAACACCUCAUUAUAGUCUUGCUGCUUUC